AUGAGAGCCCUUUUUUUAACUAUUAUUUGCAUAAUAUUUUCACUUUCUUUUGCUAUUCCAGGUCAAAUUGAACCAGUGACAGGCACUUCAAAUAUUGUAGGUGACCUGAAAUCAGCAGUUAAUAAAAUGAGAGAAAUUCUUGUUCAAGCUCCAGAAUCAAAUCUACAGGGAGAGUUGGAAAACGAUAUUCAAAAGGUAUCUAAUAUAUUCAAAAACAAAAGGUUAUUAUUGAUACAAUCUUCUGAUGAUAUUGAAGAAGACAAUGAUGAGGAAGAAGAUGAAAGUAAGGAUUUGAGCCAAGGCUCAGAAAACCAGGAAGACACACCCACACCAGAAGCAGAAGAACUAUUGAAACAACUAACAACUAAAAUUUGGAAAACUACUGAUGAAAUUUUGCGUGCUCAUACUGGUAUUUCGUAA